GUCCCUCUGUGCUGGCCAUUCUGCACUGCCAGACCCCUGAGCCACACAUACACAAAGACAGACAGACUUUGUAUUUCUUGCGGACCUAAAACACUGAAAUGGAGAUCUUCAGUUCCCGGCAUCCAAUCUCCUGCACUGGAGCAGAAAGGUAUGAGAUGCUGGAGUUGAACAGAAGGCUGGAGUCAUACCUGAACCAUGUGAAGUUACUGGAAGAUGAGAAUCAGCUUCUUUGGGGGGAAAUCCAGGCCAUGCGUAGAAAGCAAGACACUGGAGGGCAAAGGAAAACUCAGGAGGAGGCACUCAGUCUGGCCAGAAAAGAGCUGCAGAACGCCUGGAGAGAGAAGGAUCAUGUGGAGCUAGAAGUCAGCAACAUGCUGCAAGAAAUUGAGGAGCUCAACAUACUGAGACAAAAAGAGAAUUCUGCACAGAUUGAGGCUAAGAGAAAACUUGAAGAAAGUCGGAAGGCACUGGAGGAUGAGAGGAGGAUGCAGAUUUGGCUGAGAGAACAAGCCGCUCAUCUUGAGAAAGAGAUCUCUCUACAGGUGCAACUCCAUCAGGAAGACCUGGCAGCCCUGAAGUCCUCAUGUGCCUUCUCAAAACCUGUGCUAAUGGCUCCUCAGCACAGCCAGCCUCUCAACCUCCAGGGCCUGGGGGAAGAGUACUCACAGAGAGCAGCCCAGGUCUGGAAUGAAGCAGCAAGCGUGUACCAGACACAGAUGAAGAAGCUAGAUGAGAGCCUCAAUCAGUCUAGGGCUCAAAUGACAUUAAUCAAACAAGAGAAGAAGGAGAGUCAGAUAAAGGUACAAGAUUUAGCCAAAGAAGUGGAAAGUGCAAAGGCCAAGAGAGAACUCAUAGAGAAGAACAUGGUACAACUGAAACAGAGGCAGAAUCAAGACAUUCAAGAUCUUCAGGCUCAUGUAGAGGCCCUGGAGGCAGAGAAGCUGGAUCUCGGAGGGCAGAUAGGUGAGCUGUUGGUAGACACUCGCAAUCUGCUGAAGACAAAGAUGUCUCUGAACCUCGAGGUUGCUACUUACAGAGCUUUGCUGGACAGUGAAAGCCUGAGAGUUAACAACCAAGCAGCAAGUAAGAGGAACAGGACAGUCUCACAUUUAGAAGGAAUCACCAAGUCUCCUGGGAUUUCUCCAGGCACUCAAGCCAUCUCUUCCUGUCUGUUCAGCAGUCCAUUGAAUACAACCUCCAGAUCAAUCACUCAUAAAGCUAACCUUGUGACUCCAACCCCUACAAGGAGCCUGGCACUAAGAACUCCACAAGAGACACUCAAGAGACCUCAGACAACUAAGGAAGAGGACGUCAUUGUAAGGGUAGAGAAACAAAAAUUAGAAACAUCUGCAACUAUAUCAAAAACACAUCUUAAUGGAGCAGACUCUCAUGAUCAAUAUAGAGCUGAGGAGGAAGCAAGCUCUGCUGUGUCUGUCUCUGAAGUCCCUAAAGGUGUAGAUGAACCUGAGUCCAUACUCAGUAGAAAUGAUUUGCAGGAAGUCCUUAAGGCAGAAGUUGAACAGGUUUUAUUUAGCGCCAAUGAAACUGCAAUGAUUACCAUGCUAGCUGGACAUCCCCCAACUCCAGAGAGUUUGUCCACUAGUCAGCAUAUUGAGGAAGUAAAGAGUUCAGAGGAUGGAGAUGAAGAGGAGACUGAGGUGUCUACUGAAAUGGCUCACAUUUCACAUGCACCUGUGUCUGCCUGGGAGGAAAAUGAAACAGUUAUACAAGAAGACAGAGACGUAUCAUCUGAGCAAGAGUUGGAGUCAGGGGACAUUGCUGAAAAGUGCACACCAGACUUUAAAAUGGAUUCUGAUCAUGCAGAGUUACAGCUGCUUGGUGAAAACACAAACACACCUGCUUCACUAUUAUUCCAGGAAAUACCACAUUUGUCUGCAGAUACAUCCAGCCCAUUUGAGGAUGACAGUGAAAUUCUAACAUGGGCAGAUGUAAAGGAAGAUGUUAUACAAUUUGUUGAAGAAGAGUCAGUGAAGAGUGCACCAGAAGUUGAGAGAGAGUCAGCGAAUGGGACUGAAGAAGUGGAAGAAAAAAUGGAAGUAGAAGCUGAAUGGCCUGGUAUUGAAGCGCUGGAAGAUCAUGAGUUUGAUAUUAAAGUGCAAGAAGAGGAGAACGAAACUGAGCAAGAGAAAAAAGAGGAGCAGAGUAAAGAAGAUGAAUUAAGUAAUGUUGAGGAGGAAAGGAUGAUAGAGGAAGAAAUUGGAGAAACCUUUGGUGAACAAAAAGCAGAGUUAAUGAUGAGUGCAUAUGAGAAAGAUAAUUCCGUAGGUGAAAAUGCUGAGCUAGUGAUGGAUAUGAAUGAAAAAGAUAAUCUUGUAGGUGAAAAAGCUACAACAGUCAUGAAUACAUUCGACAAUGUUCAGUUAGUUGAUCAUAAUGCAGAAGAGGAGCAGAGACAAAGUGAUGAAGAUGAGUCAUUAAACAUCUCUGCAUCAUGGAAAACUGACCCUGGUGAAGCAGACAGCUAUGCCCAGGAGAACACACUAGCAGAUACUCGUCCCCUCAUACAUUACAAGAGUGAUGAAGAGACAGAUGCCAACAUCCCAAUCUCUCAUCCGGGUGUGAGUGAACAUAUCGACAGUGAGGAAGAAAGGGAGAAUGAGGGGGCCAGCAACUGGAGCCAGAUAAUUGCCAAACGCUUUGACACCAUGGAGGAUCUAUCUGAGGAACCAGAGCUAGGCAGCAUGGAUGACAUAGUCACAGAUGAAUCAGUGCAAACUGUGUUAAGAGAGAGCAUGGACGAAGAGUCUGAUAAUCAAAAUGAAAGUGGUGAGAUGGACAGCCAUGUCAAAACACUAACGGAUGAUGGUUCAUUAGAUCAAUCAGAAAGUGACCUUAAGAACAAUAGUGAUGAAAACAUUCAUGGUGAGGAUGAGACAAAAAUUGAGAACUAUCAUCUGUCAACAUUCCCUGUUGAGAAACAGGAAGAAGACUCACAGUUACAUGACUGGAGUGCAAGUUUGUACAAUGAAACCAGGGAGAUGAAUGAGCAGGAGACACUUCUGACCACACAGGCCAAUAUCAGUGAAGAUGCCUUAACAGAAAAUAAAGACAAUGCAGACAACUUGAAUGUAGAAUCCAUAGAAACCAAUCUAGGAGAUGAAAGUGAAGACCAGAAGAGCACUCUAUUGCCUGAACCAUCCCAAGAACAAGUCUUUGCAGAAGAAGAAGGAAAAGAAGUUUCACAAGAAGAAGAGAUCACACCUUCUGAUUAUCCACUAUAUGAAACGGCUAUUACUGAAGAACAAACCUGUCCAAAAGAGGAGGAUGUCCAGUCGAACCUGUCAAUGCUCACUCAUGCAGAUUUCACAGAUGAAUUUGUUGAGACCAACACCAAAGACUCAGAUCUGGAAGAGCCCAAUAGUUCUGAGGACGAAUCUUCAAAUGCGAGCCAGUGUUCUCAGCUGCUUUCCCAGAGUGAGAUGCAGACCCAGCAGCUAGACAAGGACAGUGCGAGUACUAUGGAUGUAGUCUCAAACACUGAUCCUUUUUUUACAGGGCUUGUCUCAGGUGUACUGACAAAGGAGAGUUCUGAAGCCUGUAAUGCUCCUCAAGCAGAAGAAUUGGAGAACAAUGAGGAACAGCAACAUGCAGUGGACAGUAGCAGUAGUGUAAUGGGUGAAAAUGCUGGGAGCCUUUCACAAGAAUGGGAAAACUUGGGCCAUGAAAUUACAAGUGCAUCCCACAGCAUCCAUAGCACUGCAGAAGAAUCUGGUGAUAUGGAAAUGGAGAAUAAAGAAGAAAACAUGAAUAUUUUCCAAGGAGAUGCCCUAAAAGAAGAAUGUCAGACUAAUGAAAAGGAAAAUGACCAUCACAGCUUCUUUAGUUCAAGCAUGAAGGAGGGCAUCUGGAGUGCAACAAACAUUGAGAUGGCUGCUACCUAUGAUCCAAAUGACCAAAAAGAGACUGAGAGGUACUCAUAUGACAGCAUCAAUCCAAACCCAACCAUGGCUUUUGGGGAGGACUGGGGAAAUCUUGAAAGAUCACCACCAACCAACAGCAAACCUGAGAAAGAAAUGGGCACCUCUAUAAUUCAAUCAACAGUGGAGGAAGAGGAAGAGCAGAAGAUACCACAGACCAAACAGGUAAAGUGUAGAGAUGGAGAGGAGGAGACUGUCCAUGCAGAGGAUUCCACUGAUGAAGGUGACUCCUGGUCUUCUGGUGAAGAGUAACUGCAUUCUAUAAGCAUUACUCAUCUGUCACAUCUCUCAGAUGAGAAGUAUAACAUAAAUAUAUUGAUUCAUUUAAUAUUAGUGCAUUUCAUACCUAAUUGAUAUGUCAGGAUGCUGUUCUUACUGAUUUUGACAAUGGUUAGUCUACAUUUUUAGGUGAAACAAUUACAGUUGGGAUUUUUGAACAAUAUACCUUAAUAAACAUUAUUUG